AAAACCGCCAAUCUCCUUAUCUCUCUCGCUCUCUUCUCUAUGUUUACCUGCCGUGAUAUUAAACUGACCAGCGAGAGAGAAGUGUUGAAUCGACGACGACAGCUCCUCCAAAUGUAUAUAGCCGAGACACACGACUGCGUUAUUCCCUCGUGGAACAAUGGCCGACAGGUGCCGAGCGCGAUAGUAGCCGCUUGAGAUCGGUGCUGACGACAAUUCUCGAGAAAUUUAACAAUCUUCGAAAUACCGAUUAUUGUCACUCGCGCGUUAGUUGCUUGUACGAGUGUAUCUUCCGUGCGCAAGAAGUGUGCCUGGUUAUUCGUUCUUGACAGUUUGUGGCGUUAAAAUAAUUCUUUUUGUUUUAUGUUAGUGCUUGAGUGUCGCGGAGUACGAGUGUCGUGUAAAUAGAUAAAGACAAUUACAGCACGACUAAUUGACAAUGAGCAAAAUAUUGAAAAUGGACUGGUUCAAGAGAAAAAAAGAUUACCCUGCAUCGGACAGACUCGAUGGUAUCGCUUUGCUACCGUAACCUGGUCACUUUCAUCGGCGAAGACAAUCUCAGCGGAUUACAGCACUUCCUCGAGAACAAAAGGACUCAGGUCGACGAUCGCGACGAGAAUGGCGUUACCGCUCUCAUAUUCGCGGCGACCAAGGGCAAGCUGCAGUUCGUCCGACACCUCAUCGACCAUGGAGCCGACGUCAACGCCGAGGACUCGGACAAUUGGACGGCGCUCAUGUGCGCGGCCAAGGAGGGUCACACCGAAGUCUGCAUGGAGCUCAUCGAGCACGGAGCCAAGCUCGAGCAUCGAGACGCGGGUGGCUGGACGGCGCUCAUGUGGGCGGCCUACAAGAACCACGGCUCGACGGUGACGCUGCUGCUGUCGCGCGGGGCCGACGUCAACGCGCACGGCAACUAUCACAUAUCGUCGCUGCUGUGGGCGGCCGGCCGAGGCUACGCCGAUAUAGUCAAGCAGCUGCUGUCCUACGGGGCCAAGGUCAAUGUCGGCGACAAGUACGGCACCACAGCGUUGGUGUGGGCGGCGCGCAACGGCAACGAGCAGAUCGUCUCGGAUCUGCUGGACGCCGGCGCCAACGCCGACACCGCGGGCAUGUACUCGUGGACGCCGCUCAUCGUGGCGACCCAGAACAAUCACGCGACGGUGGUGAACAAGCUGCUGAGCAUACCCUACCGGCCCAACGUCAACGCCGUCGACAAGGACGGCUGCACGGCGCUGUCGAUCGCCUGCCGCGAGGGCUACAGCGAGAUCGUCACGCAGCUGCUCAGCGCCGGCGCCUACGUCAACAUACAGGACAAGUCCGGCGACACGAAUUUGAUACACGCGGUCAAGGGUGGCUAUAAAGUCAUCGUCGAUGCGCUGCUCAAGAAGCACGUGGAGAUCAACAUCCCUGGAAAGGACCGUAAAACGGCCACUUACGUCGCGGUGGAAAAAGUCAACCCGACCAUCCUGAAGAUGCUGCUGCACAGCUCGCCCGACCUGGAGAUCGCCACCAAGGACGGCGACACGCCCCUGCUGCGCGCCGUCAAGCUGCGCAACGAGGAGAUGGUCCUGGACCUGCUCAAGCACCGGGCCAAGGUGUCCGCCACGGACAACAAGGGCGACACCGUGCUGCACAUCGCGAUGCGCGCCCGCUCCAGGCGCAUGGUCGAGAUCCUCCUGCAGAACCCCAAGCACAGCCAGCUGCUCUACAGGCCCAACAAGGCCGGCGAGACCCCCUACAACAUCGAUCUCGCCCACAACAAGAACAUCCUGAGUCUGAUAUUCGGCGCGCGACGCUUGAACACCAACGAGGACAACGAGAACAUGCUGGGCUACGAUCUGUACAGCUGCGCCCUGGCGGACAUCCUGAGCGAGCCCUCGCUCUCGACUCCGAUCACCGUCGGUCUCUACGCCAAGUGGGGAUCGGGCAAGUCGUUUUUGCUCAACAAGCUGAGGGAGGAGAUGAAAAAUUUCGCGCGUCACUGGCUCGAUCCGACGUUCGAGUUUUCCACCUUGCUCUUCCUCGUCAUUCUGCACAUCUCGCUCAUCUUCGGAGUGAUCCUAGGCCUCUUCACGCAAUCUUGGAUAGCGGGACUGGCUUCCGGAGUCGGCUUGGUCGUCUUGACGUACUUAUUGCUCAGCUGUGCCUACUACGCCAAUAACAAAUACGACUGGGACUGGCCGUACAACUUUACGACGGGCUUGAGCAAGAAGCUGAACUCGUUGAAGCUGCUGCUGCAGGUGACCUUCUGCCAUCCGCCGGGUCCGCCACCGACGCCCGAGUCCGAGGUCACCACCGUGCAGCCGAUCAAGUUCUUCUUCACCGAUCAGACUCGAGUCGGCACCACCGCAGCCGGCGAGAACGCCAUCGUCCAGAUGGUCGGCUCGCUCUACGACGCCAUCGAGGCUGAAUUCGGCUCGCUACCGACUCGUCUGUAUCGAGCUUUGAAGCCGAAAGCUUCCAAGACCAACGAGUCGUGGAAGUGGCGUCAAAUGUGCUGCAUGCCUAACGUUGCCAUAUUUGAAUUUUGCUUCAUCAGUUUUCUCCUUGGAAUCAGCGUACUCGCGGUUUAUCUCUUCGAAUUAUCAUCCGAGCAGCCUGUUCUCGAUCGAGUGACAGCUCACAUUAUCAUGAUCUGCAUAGCCGUAUUCAUAUCUGUCAAUGUGAUUGCCCAUGUGCGCACGUGGGGCAAGACGAUUCGCUCGCUCAUAUUUUCUCAGCGCAGGCAGCUGCGACGUCGCGUUGCCAAGUUGGAAAACUUGAAGAGCGAAGGUUUUAUACAGACGCUCAAAAGCGAAGUCAAUCUCAUGGUGGAAAUGGUCAAGUGCCUAGACAGUUUUACUAGUCAAAAGAGUAGAUUAGUUGUCGUAGUAGACGGUCUCGAUAGUUGUGAACAAGAUAAGGUGCUAUUGGUGCUCGAUGCUAUUCAAGCAUUGUUCAGUGAUAAUGGAUGUCCCUUCGUAGUUAUUUUAGCCAUUGAUCCUCACAUUAUAUCAAAGGCGGUGGAGGUAAACAGUCGACGCUUGUUUACCGAGUCGAAUAUAGGUGGCCACGAUUACUUGCGUAACAUGGUUCAUUUGCCGUUUUACUUGCAAAAUAGCGGCCUUAGGCAACUUAAGGUAGCACAAAACACUGCAAGAGAAAACAAUAGGAAAGCCAUGUGGAGCGAAGCCGAGGAAAGUGCCAAUUAUGCAGCAAAUCCAAUACAACGCUCGAUGUCGAAUCGCCGUUUGAGCACCGAGUCAACCGUCAUCAACAGCAAUGAAAAACUCAAGCCUCCCAGCCGAAAGGGUAGUCGAAAACUCAGAAUGAGCGACUCCAUAGCUAGUAGCAUUGGAAGCAAUUUAAAUAAAAUGGGCGGAGCUCAGGAUUUGAGCAAAAUGCUGUUGACUGACGACUACUUUAGUGAUGUCAAUCCACGCAGUAUGAGACGUUUAAUGAACGUCGUUUACAUUACAGGGAGGUUAUUGAAAUCAUUCCAAAUUGACUUCAACUGGUACCAUUUGGCCAGUUGGAUUAAUAUUACUGAACAAUGGCCAUUUAGAACUUCGUGGAUAAUAUUACACUAUGAUACAACCGAAGAUAAUCUCGAGGACUCCAUGUCUUUGAAAAAUCUAUACGAUAAAGUGCGCCCUCAAAUUCCUAUCUUGAAAGAUGCACAGCUUGAUAUGGAUCGCGACGAACGAAAACUAGACGCUUUUCUGACUUUCCAUCGUUCACGUCUACUCGUUAGUGAUAUGAAAGUCUUCUUGCCAUUCACCAUCAAUCUCGAUCCUUAUAUCAAGAAAAAGAUCAAAGAAGAACAGCAGACCAUGGAAGAAGAAGCCAGUCAACAGCAACAGCACCAGCAGAGCAUGUUCAAUUGGGCCAAUCCUGUGGUACCGAGUAUAACAAUGGAACCAAACUGGUCGAUGCAACGUGGCGCUCCGGCAAAUCGAUCUGUAAAACAAUCGCGCGCAACCGUAACACAGCAAAUACCGUCGGCUCCGCUCCCCAUGCAUAUGCAGGCACCCCCAAUGCCGAUGCCUCCUCAAUCAGUUGGUUGGUCGACGGCUGGUUAUGGCUAUGAAUGGCGCCCUCAGUGGCACCCUACUCAAAAUCUAAUGUCCAUGAUGGAUCCAAAACCAGUACCUGCUGUUGUGUUACCUCCUGAAAUAAUGGACCAAAAAUUAUCUACACUCACGGUGGACAAUAUCUGUGAUUUAUUAGAUAAAAUUCAAGACAUUAAUCCCCAAAAUUUACCAACUUACAAACGCGUUAUAAAAGAUAAUAACAUCACAGGCGCAGUAUUAUUAAACUGUGACAUAUUAGAUUUGAAGGAGGCAUUGCAUAUGGCAUUUGGUGAUUGGGAACUAUUCCGUAUUGUCAUUGUUUCUUUAAGAGAACAAGAACGAACAACCUUUACCACUACUAACGAGGAAGGCCCUAGAAGCGUUAGAUUCAUUGUUGGGGCUGAUGAACCGAACGCUAAGAAAGUAGAUCAUGCUACCCAAAAUACUUCAGUAAGAGUACCGUCUAUAGUUGAAAAAGAAAAAGGUACUUCUAGAACUGACGGACCUCCUAGAAGAGAUUCUACAAAACAAUCAAUAAUGGAAAAACAGUUGCAGGUAACACUAGAAGAGCAAAUGAUUUGUGGCGCUCUUCAAACUUUAAAUGAAGAGGCUUGCGAGGAUGUCUUGGAUGUACCGCCUGCACCUGUAGACUCACUGCCAGGUAUGCGAUCACGUGCCUCGAGCAUGUCCCAUCAAGAAACGGACUACGUGAUACUUCAGUCGAAUCCUCUUCUGCACUGGGUGCCGGUCUCGGAAGAGGCCCUGGCCGAGGACUCUAGCUCGGACGACUCCAUGGAUUCGUACGCCAUGCCCCAGAUGCAUCGAGCUAGCUCUCAGCGCAGCCUCUCGUCGCAUUGCAGCGUAGUGUCGAGCUGCUCGACCAACAAUCAUUACCGAACGCCACCGACGAGCGCGGGACUCCAUCAUAAACAGCAAUUGAGGCCCGGCUCGCUCAUGGUGUCGCCGCCCACAUCGCCGAAACCGGCGUCGCGCUCCAAGUCCACCGACAACUACGCCGAGGCCCUGAGACGGGGCAAUCGACGCUCGACCACGUCGCUCAGCGAGGAGCUCGGCAUCACCAUUCCCGUGCCACCGGUCACCUCGGGACUUCCGGCAAAAUUGAGUCGCCUCAAGGACAAGCUGCUGAGCCACGGCAAAUCGGGCCAGCAGCAGACGGGCAGCAACGAAGCGACUCUGUCGACGAGCGAGGACAGCGGCGGCGAGUCGACGCCGCUGGUCUCGGAGCUUUCGAGCCCCACCUGCUCGUCGGACACCACGUCGUCGAUGCGCAGCCCGGGUCCGACCGACAACAGCAGCGACUCGGUCUCGCCCACGACUGCCGGCUGCAGCACCGGCGGACACAUGUCGCGAGACUUGACGUCGAGUUUGGAGCACUGCGUCCUCGACAUGGGCGCGCUCGGUCUCAUGGUGCACGAAUCUACCGCUUCAUCGGCCAACGGCGGCCGAUCGCUGGCCCGACAAAACGCUCAGGAUUGGGAAAAUCCCGAGACACCCGUGUGAUUUACCGCGAAGCGCAAUCGAUAUCUGUUGUUGUACCAGUCACGAAAAUACGUCGAUGUUAUCUCCGUUUACUUUAUACAAAUUAUAAUAUAAAAAGCGGGGCUCAAUGUAUCUCGUGACUUUUUUUGCGCUUUCAGUACUCCACUUGUAUGAAUCGGCAAUUUAUGCCGAUCUCGUAUAUCUUUGAUGCAUUCCUCAGUUUUUCGAAGACUACAUGGUUGCUAUUUUAUACUUAUUGUAAUUAUCCGAUACUUAAUGUGUUAAUAACGUGUCUGAAACAUUUAUGUGACAUCGAAGUUCCGUUAUCGAUAUAUUCUAUUGAUUAACCGAAACAAAUACGACUGUUUUUUUUAAGAAAAUAAUUUUUCAGAAUGCGAGUGCUUAUUUGAAUUAGUGGAAAAAUCGUUUCGAUUUUAUGAGAACCUUUUUUUUCUCAUAAGAUACAAAUGUUUUUUAUAUGGUGAUCUGAAAAUCAGGCUGUUCCGUACUUUUUUAUGCCUCUUAUUUACUUGAAAAGUUACUACGAUUUUAUGCUGUCUUUAGUACGAUAUUAAGAAAAAUGUUUUUAAGUUAACGGCAUUUUUAGCAAUAAUUCCUUAAAAAUUAUUAAUUUUUUUGUUAUACGGUUGUAUCGUUUUCGUAUUUAAUGUGAAAAGGAAAUCAAAAUCAAUCGAGCUUUUAGAGUUGUAAUUUUUUACUACUUAUAGUUUUUGUAAGUAGACAUUUCGUUAACAUAAUCAUGGAAUUGAAGGCAUACGAUAUAUGCUCAAUGAGUUAGCUAAAUAAAAUUGCCAAUUAGUACUUGCAAACAAUUACAUUGGCAUUAGUAGUUAAAAUUCUUAUUGUAGAUAGUUGUUUAUAAAACACCGGAAUCUACUGUAACAAUUUAUACUUGGCAGUAUUACUUAGAAGAAAAUUUGGUGCCUUACAUGAUGAUAUAUUUAAUAAUUGAAAAUGUUUCUGGUAGUUUUUUCAAUGACGUUUAGCAGUUAGCUUGCAUUGCACGCUAUUAUUGCUGAUAUUGUAUGUUUAAGUGUAACAGUUUACCGUGUCAAUUACACUAGUUACGACAAAUAUAAUAUCACUUACAAUCAAUGAUCUGUUCUAGUUCGUAAAAUUAAUAGUUAAGCCAAUUUUCAGUUACUAUGUGUAAUAUUUCGUUACCAAUUACAUGUUAAGAUGUAUCUUUUUGUACAUUAAUCGAUAUAUUGUAAUAUUGAAGAGUAUUUUGUGGGAGGUGCUAUUUAUUGCUUAUCCACAAAAUAAAAGCUUGAAUAACUCGGUUAUUUACGAUUCAAUAUACAAAUAAUUUAUAAGUUAUAAAUGAUAAAUAAAUUAAUGAAAAUAUUUUUUCAAACCACUAAAGUUAAGAUGUUGAUAUGUAUUAAACAAAAAUGACAAAAUAAAUGAUAA